CGUUCAUUCAUAUUUCAUUCAUUCUCACAGACCACAUCUCACUUAUCCCUUCCAAGAAUUUGUAAUCUUUAUUCUAAAACACAGGGGGAGAGGAGGAGCUUGAAAUCCAUACAUGGCGUUGAGUUCUUCUACUUCGUUUAUGAAUCUUAAAGAUAUCAGAAAUACAAAACAUUCUGAUGAGUCCUCGUCCGGGAUGGUUUGUUUUGCGCAAAUGAAGCCAUCAUGCAGUCUCCGGGCAAGGAGCUCGAUGCCAGAUCCCAGCCAACACUUCCCCGAGAACUCAGCUAUUGAAUUUGGAAGAGAUCAGCAAGCAGAGAAGUUUCACGGGUCAUCCCGGCCACAUAGCAAAACAGAGUCAAGGGUGCCGGUUUUUGUGAUGCUGCCACUUGACACGGUCUGCUCUGGAGGACGCUUGAGCAAGCCGAAGGCGAUGAAUGCUAGUCUAAAGGCCUUGAAAAUGGCAGGAGCGGAAGGGGUAAUGGUGGAUGCGUGGUGGGGUUUGGUGGAGAAAGAUGGACCUUCACAGUACAACUGGGAGGGUUAUGCUGAGCUUGUGAAUUUGGUUCAACGAAAUGGCUUGAAGAUCCAAGUUGUUAUGUCUUUUCAUCAGUGUGGAGGAAAUGUGGGCGACUCUUGCAGUAUUCCAUUACCUCCAUGGGUGCUUGAAGAAAUGAGCAAAAAUCCCGAUCUUGUCUACACUGACAUAUCAGGGAGGAGGAAUCCAGAGUAUAUCUCAUUGGGUUGUGAUUCACUACCAGUGCUUAGAGGAAGAACACCCAUUCAGGUCUAUUCUGACUACAUGAGGAGCUUCCGUGAAAGGUUUCAGAAUUACCUUGGAAACGUCAUAGAGGAAAUUCAGGUAGGAUUGGGGCCGUGUGGAGAGCUGAGAUAUCCAGCUUACCCAGAGAGCAAUGGAACAUGGAAUUUCCCUGGAAUCGGAGAAUUCCAAUGCUAUGAUAAGUACAUGAGGGCCUCACUGGAAGCAUCAGCAGAGGCAGCAGGAAAUAAAGACUGGGGAAAAGGUGGACCUCAUGAUGCUGGGCACUACAAUCAAUUUCCUGAAGAUACCGACUUCUUCAGAACAGAUGGAACAUGGAACAGCAAAUACGGGGAAUUCUUCCUCAAAUGGUAUUCAGGAAAGCUUAUUGAGCAUGGUGAUAGAAUUCUAUCAGCUGCCAGAGGAGUAUUUCAAGGAACAGGAGCUACACUAUCUGCAAAAAUAGCUGGAAUUCACUGGCACUACACAACAAGAUCUCAUGCAGCAGAACUAACAGCAGGCUACUAUAAUACAAGGAACCACGAUGGUUACCUUCCACUAGCACGAAUGCUGAGUAACCAUGGGGUGGUAUUGAACUUUACAUGCAUGGAGAUGAGAGAUAGAGAACAGCCAGAGCAUGCAAAUUGCUCCCCCGAAGGUUUAGUCCGCCAAGUAAAAAUGGCAACAAAAUCUGCAGGAACUGAACUUGCUGGCGAGAAUGCACUAGAGAGGUAUGAUGGAGGAGCAUUUGCACAAGUUCUAGCAACAAGCAGAUCAGAUUCUGGAAAUGCAUUGAGUGCAUUUACCUAUCUAAGGUUGAACAAGAACUUGUUUGAAGCAGAAAAUUGGAGACAUUUGGUGGAAUUUGUGAAGAGCAUGCAAGAAGGUGGUCGGGACAUGAGAGUACCGGAAAUUGAUACACGCAAGACAGAUCUUUAUGUGCGAUUUAUCAGUGAGAAGAAUGUGCGCAGUAAGGAAGCUGCCAUUGUGUAAACAUACAAUUGUAUUUGUGUACAAUAAUGCAUAGUGUAGUGUCCUGUAUCAGUAUCAACUAUCAAGGGAACGUGGCGAAACAUAUGAAGCAUAUAAUACAUUAUAGACUGUAUGUGGUACUGCGGUAUAAAUUUAUACAUGUAUAACUAGGAGAGCUCUGAACACUUUCAUGACAGGAAACAUAUCUUACUAGAAAAGAUACUGUGUUCAUCCUGCUCAUAGUGUUACAAUGAAGCACAUUUUUUGGGGAUUUUUUACCCAUGAAAGUAUGAAGAUUUUACAACUUGUUUACAGA